UCCUUGUGAGGCAAUCCCUCUAUCCUUGGUGCCUUCCUUUACACUAUGAGUGAUGGCUUUUUUAUCUCCUGAUGAUGAAACACAGCCUUCGGCUGGAGGCAUUUAAGGCGCAGGACGCACGGUCCGGCCGUGGCUGCAGGACCCAGAGGCCAACCCUGACAGGCCCAGGAGGAGAGGAGCAGAGGCCAGAAGCACCACCGCCAGCCUCCACGCCUGCCCCCACCGCCAGGGAACCAUGCUCCUCGCCACGUUCAAGCUGUGCGCCGGGAGCUCCUACAGACACAUGCGCAACAUGAAGGGGCUGAGGCACCAGGCUGUGCUGGCCAUCGGCCAGGAGCUGAGCCGGAGGGCCCCGGGGGGCCCGACCCCAGCUGCCUGGAUUAACCAGGUUCGGCGUCGCGGCUCCCUGCUCGGUUCUCAGCUGGAAGACACGCUCUACAGCGACCAUGAACUGGCCUAUAUCCAGCAGGGAGAGGAGGCCAUGCAGAGGGCCCUGGGCAUCCUCAGUGACCAGGAGGGCUGGAAGAAGGAGAGCCAGCAGGCGAAUGGGGACGAAGUGUUGAGUAAAGUGAUCCCAGACGUGGGCAAGGUGUUCCGGCUGGAGGUGGUAGUGGACCAGCCCAUGGAGAGGCUUUACGAAGAGCUCGUGGAGCACAUGGAGGCCAUGGGCGAGUGGAACCCGAAUGUCAAGGAGAUCAAGGUCCUGCAGAAGAUUGGAAAAGACACAGUCAUCACUCACGAGUUGGCCGCAGAGGCGGCAGGAAACCUUGUGGGGCCCCGAGACUUCGUGAGUGUGCGCUGUACCAAGCGCCGGGGCUCCGUGUGUGUGCUGGCUGGCAUGGCCACACACUACGGGGAGAUGCCCGAGCAGAAGGGCGUCAUCAGAGCUGAGCACGGCCCCACCUGCAUGGUGCUCCAUCCCCUGGCUGGAAGCCCCUCAAAGACCAAACUCACCUGGCUGCUCAACAUCGACCUCAAGGGAUGGCUGCCAAAGACUAUCAUCAACCAGGUCCUCUCGCAGACGCAGGUGGAUUUUGCCAACCACCUGCGCAAGCGCCUGGAGUCCCGCCCCGCUCUUGAAGCCAGGUGUUGAAGACCAGCCUGCUGCUGCCAACGGCUCCCAGCUGAGCGCGCUUGCAGGCUCACGAGGAGGUCUCUGCUGGAAGCCUACAAGUCUGUUAAAGAUCUUCAUCCAGGGACAGUGGGAUGGGAUGGUGGUGCAUUUCCAAUAUGAUACUAGAACUCAGAUGGGUAACAUUUUAGUACCAAGAAAGUGGGGACAAGGCUCUUUUAACUUCAUUCACUGAUUAGUUGUAAAAUGAAGCCUAGGAGUCCCAAAAUAUUUGUAAAACUUUUUUUUCUGGGUCCUUACUUGUCUACCUAGAAACAUCUUUAACAUGCUACCAGUUAACGAACGCAGGGUGCAGAGGGUGCAAAAUACAAGGAUUAGGGCCGCAUGCUCGAUGAGCUCGAGAGCGCCGUUCCCUGUGGGCCACGUGUGCAGACACAGCAGGUCUUACACAGGGCCUCCUGAAACCCUCUGCUCCUCCACCAAGACGGCAGAGAACUGCGCCAAAGAACAAGCAACUCCCACAGCAGAUACCGUCCGGAACUCUAGUUCAAGUUAAUCUUAAUGAAAAAAUACAAAACUAAUUAUCAGACUUAUUCCCCUACUUCUUCCAUGAGCAGUAGUCAGAAUAAAGAAUCGUAACUAACACAAAAA